CUGUACGCAAAUGGUCAAAGAGAGAUAACUCUAAAAAUAUUGUCCUUGGUUUCCAGGAAUUCUAACUUUUGCUCAAUCUUUUUCGUUAAGUUUUGGGAGAGAAAUAGAUUUAGAUUCUUGCUCUGUGGUUGAUCAUGUCAUAUUCUCCGUCUCUUAAUAGUUCUGGUAGUUUACAACAUGAUACUCGCAAAAAUCCAUCGCCUACUCCUUCUGGAAAGAAGGUCGGAAUUUUGAUUGAGUACAAUUUUGAGGAUGCUGAGGUUAUCUACCCCUACUACAGGAUGAAAGAGGCGGGGCUUGAGUCUGUUCUGAUUGGUCCAGUGGCAGGGAAACAGUACACAGGAAAAAAUGGCUACCCUUUAAGCUCUGAGGUGGCUAUAGAUGGAAUCCAUGCCAAGGAACUGGACGCUCUUGUUAUCCCUGGGGGGUGGGCGCCUGAUUACUGGAGGAGGGACAAAAGAUUUCUUCAGCUGGUGAAAGACAUGAAUGAGCAAGGUAAACCAAUAGCUGCCAUCUGCCAUGGUCCUUGGUUGCUGUGCUCUGCUAAAAUUCUUAAAGGGAGAAAACUCACUUGCUUCUGUGCCAUUAAAGAUGAUGUAGAAAAUGCUGGUGGAAUUUUUGAAGACAAGUCUGUCGUAGUGGACCAUAACCUCAUCACAUCCAGGACUCCCAAAGACUUGCCAGAAUUUUGUAAAGCCAUCCUGGCCAAAAUAGGCUCUUAACCUAUCUGCCAAUAUUAGUUUCUGUUGUUUUUUUUUUCAGGACUUCAAAAAUUAAAAAAUGUUAACAUAAUUUAUUUUUUUAUUGUAAGAGUUUGUUAACGAAAGUUAAGUUAUAAGAAAAUAUAGUUGCACUCAGUUUAGACAGAAAUGGCAAUCCUUAAUGAAUAUUCAUUAAUACAAACUCUACAUUGAAAAUUUGAAAUAACUUCCGAAAGUAAUAUGUUGUGAUUAAAUUGUUAUUCUGUAAAAUUUAA